AUGGCUACUACCGUUCUGGCUAUCUCCGAUAAGGGAACUGCAGGGAAUGUGCGCGCAUCUCGCCUUCGACUGCAGAAAAAGACCUCGAACCCUUCCCCUUCCCCUCACAGCCAGGAUCCCUCAAUCUCAUUCAGGCCGCCGCUGUCUUCUUGCGAGAAGAACAAUGUUGCUGCCCCCAAUAUUCCCCGCUGCAAGGAUAUCAACUCCCGCUAUCAGGUAACCUCCUCCCCGUCCUCUUUUUCCGCUUCCAAUUCUAAAGGUGGCUCGUUGUCAUCGGCUUCCACAACUUCCUCAUCGAAAUGUACCUCUUUUACUUCUUUCUCUUGUUUCACGUCGAUCACGUCCUCUUCGUCUUCUUCUACUUCUACGACUACUUCUUCUCGAUGGCUUUUUUGUUCGAAUGUCCCUGCUUCCCUGUUAGAUAAAAAUGGGAGGAGAAGAGGACAAGAUGAACAAGUAUAA